AUGGAUGCACACCUGAGGCGGGUCUCUGGAGGAUCCGCAUCCUGCGUGGUGGAUCUGAACGCUGCUCUUGCCCUGUGUAUACGGAAGUCUGGAGCUCGUCAGCGGUCGGGGCACGUCGGGGUUGCCGCAGUGACGAUCCCCCGCAUCUUCGACAGGGGAGGCCAAUCUGCGCCGACCUCCAGGGUCGGGUCGCCUCCAAACCUUCCCGCCGCCGCCUCCACGACGUUCGGGCAGGCGUCGACAGCGGUGCGGCUGCUCAAUCACCUCGGCCACACCGGUCAAGCUGCCAGUGCCUUCGUCUCUGGCAAACUAUCUGCCGGCCAUCCAGCGGUGUCUCAACCCGCUCGUCGGCGGGAGCGUUACACGUCGACCGUGGCGGACCCCUCCCGUUAG